AUGAUGGGAAAGAAACCCAAGCACCAGAAGGCAUCCAAGCCAACGGGAGCCCGCGACAUUGGAGACCUUCUCCUCUGUCCUGCAAAGGCCGCAGAAGCCUUCGCGCCAAAAUACAAUGGCGACACGACCUCAGCCUCCUCGGGGGAGCAGGCGCUAGAUGAACUGGACGAGUUCCCCAGCACAGGGGGAUUGCACGGCGCCUCCUCAGACGAAGAAAACGACCUACCCUCCACUAAGGGCGAUAUAAAAGCCCUACUCCGCCACAUCCACACGCGGUAGACAUAGCAACACUGCGGGAUGAGAUACACACAGUGGAGGGGCGAGUUAAGAGGAUAGAGGAGGACACGCAUGGCCUAACCGCCAGAUGCAUACAACUGGAAGCUCACAACACGGAGCUCCGGCGCAGCCAGAUCCUUCUUAAAGACCGCCUGGACACAGAGGAGGACUGGCACAGGAGCCGGAACAUAAAGAUACGAGGCAUCCCAGAGACGGUGUCACAAGAUGACCUCCCACACUUUGUUGAGAGACUCCUCGCCACCUUACUUACACCACAGCAAGUGACAGCAGCUGCGAUAGACGUGGUCUACCGAAUUCCAAGAGCAGCCAAAGCCCCAGCGGGCACCUCGAGAGAUGUCAUACUCCAACUCCAAACGCGAGCAGCCCAACGAAACAUCAUGGCGGCAGUGAGGGGGAAAACCACUCACCUCUUUGACACGGCCAAUUUAUCAUUUUAUCAGGACCUAUCCAAGCCUACUUUAACCUGGAGGGGACUUUUUAAACCCCUGACAGCAACACUCCGCCAACACUCCAUACCUUAUCGCUGGGCAUUCCCCAGAAGUCUAGUCAUCACUCACGGGGGAGCCACGACCCACAUAACUGACCCAUCCGAAAUGGACUCAGUGCUGUCGGCACUGGACUUGCCACCGCGACAGGAACAAACCACCCCAGCACGGAGACCGACGACCCCCCACGUCUGGGACAUGACCGCAGUUAAACCGUUUCAACCAGCUAACCCCGGUGCCUCAGCAUCCACCACCUUCAAAGCCCAGAGGGCUGCCAAACACCCAUCAGGCGCCUGGGGACUGGAGGGAGCUAGAGGGACCCCGGCGGAAAAGACUGCCUGA